GUUCUGAAAAAGGUAAGGAAUUACAAAAUUACAAAACAAAAGAAUAUGAAUUGAAUUAAGGAAAUUUAUUUAAUAAUUAACAAGUAAACAUUAAACAGAUAUUAUGGGAAGAUAUUGUCAAAAUGAUGGCAUUUUUUUUUUUUUUUUUUUUUCUUUAAAAAAUGUUGCAGUCUUCAUUUAUAAUCAGCUAUUCAUUUUGCCAUGUGUAUUUAAUAGGUGCUGAAAUGGAACUGUCAGCUUUUACGUCACGCAGGCUUCAGUACAGCUGUUUAUUAUUUAUUUCACAGACAAAUAUUAUAAACCCAUUUGUUACCAUGUUCCUGUUGAGAUAUGUUGCUUUUGUUCCAGUUAGUCUUGAAAAACAAUGAAGGGAUUUGUAGAAUACUGUCGCAGUUAUUAAGGUGUCCACAAGAUGGAAUCUUGAGGCAUAGAGGAUCUUUUCGGAUUGAACGGCAGCUUUUAACAUAAUUUCUAGCUGUUGAACCAUCCAUUGGGUCCAUUUCACUUCAAAACUCUGCUUCAUCCAACUCACCUCAUUCAAUCAUCACCACCACCACCACAACCACAACUUUAAUGUCCACUUUCCCAUGCCUGCAUGGGUCAAAUGAAGCUGUUUGUAAACUCUUUCUGUGGAUAUUAUUGUAAAAACUUGCCCAAUACAAAUCUGAAAUCAAUCCUCAGUCAAGUCUGUAUUUGGAUAAGUCUUAACAAAGAUGUUAAAGAAACGAGAUGGAUUUGUCUUGCUGUUCAUAGUUGUUACCCUACAAACUAUAACAGAAAUUAAUAGCAAGAUGAUGAACUCAUCCAACCAGCACCAAGAGAUUAAAAACCUGGCUGCAUCAAUUGAUCAUUUUACAUCCAGCCUUUUUCAAGAAAUGGUCAUAGGAACCAAUGAAAAUGUCUUCAUGUCCCCCUUCAGUGUUGCUACCAUUUUAUCAAUGGUUUAUUUAGGAGCAAAACAAAUCUCAGCUGAGCACUUGAAAAAUGUUUUGAAUGUAACUUCAACACCAAAUGAUUUAGCUUUAGCUUAUAAAAAAUAUUUUUCGGUUCAGAAGAAUUCAAAUGAAGCUAACAUGAGUAAAUCGGUGAAUCGUUUGUACGUUGAGGAUAAAUUCCCUGUUUCAGAAAGCUAUAAGCACAAGAUUUUAGAAUAUUUUUUCACGGAUGUUAAAAAUGUAGAUUUCUUUAAAAAUGCUGAAAGAAUAAGAAUUGAUAUUAAUAAGUGGGUGAAGAAUGAGACUUAUAACAAAAUCACAGAUCUGUUACCAAGUAAAAGUUUGUCCUCUGAUACAGUGUUACUUCUCGUUAAUGCCAUGCACUUUGAAGGAAUGUGGGCUGCAAGAUUCCCAGAAAGAGUAACAUCAUCUAGAGAGUUUCAUCUAAGUUCUGGCAAGACUGUAUCUUGUGAUUCUAUGUUUAUAUCUGAAGAUUUUAAUACCAAAAUAAGCCAGAACUAUAAAGCUGUAGAGUUACCUUACAUGGGAGUGAAAUUUAGUAUGUUUGUAAUUCUUUCUAAUAAAAUGGAUGGUCUUGCUGCUUUAGAGAAGGAAAUUAAUGCACAAUUUCUCAAAGAAACUACAGAGAGAAAAGGCUUUGAACGAUUAUCUCUGGAGUUAUAUUUACCAAAGUUUCAUUUUCAAAGUGCUUUCGAGUUAUCUGAUACUUUACAAAAACUUGGUCUUUCUGAUAUUUUUGAUGCCAGCAAAGCGAAUUUAUCAGGAAUAAGUAGUGAGAAGGAUUUGUAUGUGAGUAAAUUCUUUCAUAAAACAUUUAUUGAUGUAAAUGAAAAAGGAACAGAUGCUCAUGCCGCAAGCGGAGAAGUGGUAAUUAAUCCAGUAUCAGCCCAGACUGGAACGAAAUUUGAUGUUAAUCACCCGUUCAUAUUUUUAAUUGCUGACAGAAGAACUAAAUUGAUUUAUUUCAUCGGCAAGGUAACAAACCCAGCAGCUUAAGAACAUUUCCCUUCCCAUCACCCUAUCAAGAAAUGGUAAAAUGAUAAACCUUACAACAUUAUAAGGUCUCAGAAUUUUAACAAAGUAGAUUUGAUUGAAAUUAUUCAAAAACUUUAUUGGGAAUACCAAAUAAAAAGUUUUUAAAAUACAUUGAAAGCUA